AUGAGCACGUUUGUUGCAGAUGCGGUGGAAAACACUCCGCCAGCAAUUGUACCAACGACAAACGUUCUCCUUCACACCCAGCCAGUAGCACCAAUAAAGGUGGCAAGGCUUGAAAAUCUCUUGGACGGAUAUCCACGACCUUUGAAGUUUUACUUGUGCAACGGUUUUCGUUUCGGUUUUCGUAUUAAUUUUCUGGGUAAACGCUUAUCUUUCAUCUCACCGAAUCUCAAGAGCGCUCUUGAGCAACCGGAAGUCACCUUAUCUAAGUUGCGUAAGGAAUGCGAAACCGGCAGAAUUGUUGGGCCUUUCUCGGUGCCUCCAUUCUCUAAUUUUCGGACUUCGCCCAUGGGUGUAGUCCCCAAGAAAGUUCCUGGUAAAUUUCGUUUAAUACACUAUUUAUCAUAUCCUAAAGGCUCUUCAGUUAAUGAUUUUAUUCCCAAAUUUUAUUCCUCGGUACAAUAUGCUUCAAUCGGUCAGGCAAUUUCUGCCAUUAAACGUUUGGGGGCAGGCUGUUUUAUGGCGAAAACUGAUAUUAAGUUAGCUUUUCGGAUUAUUCCAAUUCAUCCUACUGACUAUCCUUUGCUGGGGCUCAAGUGGGAUGGCAUGUAUUAUUUUGACAAAUGUCUACCUAUGGGUUGCUCUUCUUCCUGUGCCAUUUUUGAAGCUUUCAGUACAUCUCUAGAAUGGCUCUYGUUAACACGUCUCGGUGCGUCGGCUGUGUUACAUGUUUUAGACGAUUUCUUAUUCAUUGCACCUACCGAGGAUAAGUGUCGUACAGAACUCAAUAAUUUCAUGGGCAUGUGCAAUUACCUUGGAGUCCCAUUAGCUCCACAGAAAACGGUGGGCCCUGAGACAGCUCUACAAUUCACGGGUAUUACUUUAGAUUCUGUCAAAGGCGAGACCCGAUUACCUGAUGAUAAGCUUCGAAAAUGUCACACUCCUCUUCGUUCGUUUUAUAAAAAGCGGUCAGUAACGCUAAGGGAAUUACAAUCCUUAUUAGGCCUUUUAAAUUUUACUUGCUCUGUGAUCGUUCCAGGUCGCGCUUUCCUGCGCCGCAUGAUUGAUCUUACCAAGGGUCGCCUUAAUCCCUAUCAUCAUAUUCGUUUAACUCAGGAAAUCAAAAAAGAUAUUAUCACGUGGUGUAAAUUUCUGGACGUCUACAACGGCAAAUCGUUUUUUCUGGAGGAAAAAUGGGGGACGUCUUCUACCCUCGAACUAUACACAGAUGCCGCGGCAUCACUAGGUUACGGGGCUAUCUUUG